UCUACAAACCCAUGUGUUACAUUUGAAGAACUAUUUUACCUGAACGGAAUGGCCAAAAUAUUACAGAAAUAUAUAAAAUUUUCGACGAAGGAGCUGGAGAACUAUGCCGCCAACCCAGGAUCUUGCGUACGAUGCAUCAACACAGACAUGCACCUAGCAAUGGGCCCGUAUGGGAUGGACAGUUUCAAGCAAGCGCUCUACGAACUCCUCAUCCGCACCAAGGUGGGAAUCUACGAUACCAGGCUUGACGGCAUUUGUCUGGGUAUCAAGAACAUUAAGAUGCUAGGUCACACAGCGUCCCUGCGGGCAGACGACCCUACCAUGCACCUGCUCAUUAAUGCCGACUUCUACGUCUUCCGACCCGUUACGGGAGCCAUCCUGGACGGAGUAGUGCGACUCAUUUCGAAGCACCAGAUCAGUGUCGUUAUCUAUCGCGUCUUCAACACCACCAUCCGCUUCACAAACAAAAGGGAGUGUCGGGAAGGCAUUACCAUGGACCAGGAGAUUAAGUUUCGCAUUAAGAACUUUGACAUAAGCAAUGUGAUGCCCUAUAUCGAGGGAGAACUUAUAACGGAGGAGGGUGAAGGAGCUCAGAAACAGAACCGAUCGACCAAGUUUGGCAGUCCCCCGCCGGAGGUAAUAGAUGUGAAGGAGGAGAACGACGAGGAGAUGUUGGACGGCCUGCUGGAAGUAUUAAAGCAGGAGCCAGAUCUAUUGCCAAAGGAGGAGGAGAAGGAAAAGACCAAAAAGAAAUCCUCGGGGAAACGUAAAAAAACUGAAAAUGGCGAGAAGGAGAAGAAAAAAACGAAAAAAGUAAAGAAAGAAAUAAAAGACGAGCCAGUGUAA